AUGUCGGGCAGCAUGUCAUGGUGGAACACGGUCCCCCUGGAUCAGUACUACCAACGACUUCUCAAACAGCAUGGGUACAACAGGAAAGGAUUCAGGCCCCCUGCUUUCCGUGAUGCUCAUCAACCUGUGCAGCUCCUGGUACAGACCUCUGCUUCCCCCAACGAGCUGACCACCAAACCAGAAGCACCCGCUCUGGCAACCAAACCCAAACCAGAAGCACCCUCUCCAGCAACCAAACCAGAAGUACCUGCUCCAGCAACAAAACCCCAACCCAAACCUAAACCAGAGACACCCACUUCAGCCUCCCAACCCCAACCAGAAGAACCUGCUCUGGCCAUCAAACCCAAAGGAGAAGCAUCUGCUCCAGCUACAAAACCCCCACUUCUCCACUUUCACAUUGCCUAUGCCCCAAACUAUCACUUCAUCAUGGACAACGCUGAUGCGUGCAAGAACCAUCCCUUCCUGGUUCUAAUGGUUCCAGUGGCACCCACAAAUGUAGAUGCACGAGAUGCCAUUUGUCAGACGUGGGGUAAGGAGUCCAGGGUGCAGGGGGAGCAGGUGCUGACUCUGUUCAUGCUGGGACUGGCCAAGGGUCCUCAGGCCGAACAGCAGAGCCUCCAGCAGGAGAAUGACCAGCACCAUGACCUCAUCCAGAACGAUUUUGUAGACUCAUAUGUCAACCUCACCAUCAAGACCAUGGUGAUCAUGCACUGGCUCUCCAUGCACUGCACCAACGCCGUCUUUGCCAUGAAGAUUGACUCAGACAUGUUUUUGAAUAUAGACAAUCUUGUGGACAUGCUAAAAAAGCCUGAAAUACCCAGAGUGAACUAUUUAACUGGGAUGCUGAUGGUGAACCGUCCAGUGGUACGAUCCAAAAACUCAAAAUGGUAUGUGUCAGAAGAGAUGUACCCUGAGCACACCUAUCCGACCUACUGCCUGGGCAUGGGCUACAUCUUCUCCAGUGACCUCCCAACGAAAUUUGUGGAGGUCUCCAAGACAAUCAAACCUUUUAACAUUGAGGAUGCUUACAUUGGAAUGUGUAUGACAAAGCUGGGUCUGAGUCCAACAUCUCCCCCACAGCCUUGGCAGUUUCAGGCAUAUAACUCAAAAUAUAACCGUUGCCAAUUCUCCAGGGUCAUCACCUACAUCCUGCACUCCUCACAGCAGCUGCUCCAGUUCUGGACAGACUUGAAGAAAUCUGGUCCACCCUGUCCAGAAUGA